ACAAAAGAAAAGAAAAACAGAAAAAAUAGAUGUGUUAUUCCACAACUGCCCCCAAUCUGGAACUCCGUAUUCACCAUCUCUAUUCAAAAUCCUAAAUCCAUUUUUUUGGAUCACUCUCCUCUCUCUCAUCUCAUUUUCUGUUACACUUGUUUCUUCCGUGUCUCUCUAUCUUUCACACUCAGAGAAAUAGAUAGAUAGAUAGCGAGAGGGGGGUGAGGAGAGAGAAAGGGGUGUGGAGAGAGAGGGACCUUCUUCGUCCUGUUGUUGGUUGAUGGAGCUUCAGAAGCGUCCAGAUCAAAACCUACCGGAGAAGAAAGGCCAGAAAAGGAAACUGGAGGAGGAAUCUCAACACGACUCACAGAUCUCUCUUCCUCCCACCGGCGACGCACGCGACGCACUUGUAUCCGACGUCAACCAACACGUUUCAAUUCUCCUUUCCACUUUUUCAUGGAACGAAUCCGAUAGAGCUUCUGCUAAACGCGCCACUCACGCCCUCGCGGAUCUUGCCAAAAACGAGGAAGUUGUGAACGUGAUUGUUGAAGGAGGCGCUGUUCCGGCUUUGAUUAAGCAUCUUCAACCGCCUCCUUUGCCUGAACACGGCAUUCCGAAGCCGUUUGAGCACGAGGUUGAGAAAGGUAGCGCAUUCGCACUUGGACUUCUUGCAGUCAAGCCAGAACAUCAACAACUCAUUGUUGACAACGGUGCUUUGAAGCAUCUUGUUGAUCUUUUGAAAAGGCAUAACAACGGUUUAACAUCACGUGCCAUUAAUAGUCUCAUUCGGAGGGCUGCAGAUGCGAUCACUAACCUUGCUCAUGAAAACAGCAGUAUUAAAACCCGUGUUAGGACGGAAGGUGGGAUUCCACCAUUAGUUCAUUUGCUUGAAUUUGCGGAUACAAAAGUGCAAAGAGCAGCUGCUGGUGCAUUACGGACCCUCGCUUUUAAAAAUGAUGAAAAUAAGAAUCAGAUUGUUGAAUGCAAUUCUCUUCCAACUCUGAUUCUGAUGCUUCGGUCAGAAGACGCUGCUAUUCAUUAUGAAGCGGUUGGUGUGAUCGGAAAUCUGGUCCACUCCUCUCCCAAUAUAAAGAAAGAAGUUAUUCUUGCUGGAGCCUUACAACCUGUUAUUGGAUUACUUAGCUCUUGUUGCUCUGAAAGCCAGAGGGAAGCAGCGUUGUUACUUGGACAGUUUGCAGCAACUGAUUCAGACUGUAAGGUUCACAUUGUACAGAGAGGUGCUGUCCGACCUCUGAUAGAGAUGCUUCAGUCUCCUGAUGUUCAACUCAGAGAAAUGUCUGCUUUUGCAUUGGGGAGAUUGGCACAGGACACACAUAACCAAGCUGGUAUUGCACAUACUGGUGGCUUAAUGCCAUUACUGAAGCUUCUUGACUCAAAAAAUGGGUCUUUGCAGCAUAAUGCUGCUUUUGCUCUUUAUGGCCUUGCAGAGAACGAGGAUAAUGUGCCCGACUUUAUUAGGGUAGGUGGAAUUAAGAAACUCCAGGAUGGAGAGUUUAUUAUUCAAGCAACUAAGGAUUGUGUUUCUAAGACAUUGAAAAGACUAGAAGAGAAGAUUCAUGGUCGUGUGUUGAACCAUUUAUUAUAUCUUAUGCGGGUUUCAGAAAAGGCAUUCCAAAGACGAGUUGCUUUGGCUCUUGCCCAUCUUUGUUCUGCAGACGACCAGAGAAAAAUAUUUAUUGACCACAAUGGACUGGAGUUGCUUAUUGGGCUUCUUGGCUCAUCAUGCCCUAAGCAGCAACUUGAUGGUGCCGUGGCUUUAUGCAAGUUGGCCAACAAAGCUAUGGCUAUGUCUCCUAUUGAUGCUGCUCCUCCAUCCCCAACACCCCAGGUCUAUCUGGGAGAGCAGUAUGUAAACAAUGCUACCUUAUCAGAUGUUACAUUUUUAGUUGAAGGUAAACGGUUUUAUGCCCACAGAAUCUGUUUACUUGCUUCUUCAGAUGCAUUUCGUGCAAUGUUUGAUGGUGGUUAUAGGGAGAAGGAUGCAAGGGACAUUGAGAUACCAAAUAUCAGAUGGGAGGUCUUUGAGCUGAUGAUGAGAUUUAUAUAUACUGGAUCAGUUGAUCUCACUGUUGAAGUUGCUCAAGAUCUCCUCCGAGCAGCUGAUCAAUAUCUUUUAGAAGGGCUUAAGAGACUAUGUGAAUACACAAUUGCACAGGAUGUAUCACUGGAGAGUGUGUCAAAUAUGUAUGAACUUUCGGAAGCCUUCAAUGCCAUAUCAUUGAGACACACAUGCAUCCUUUUUAUCUUGGAGCACUUAGAUAAAUUAAGUGCAAUGCCAGGACACACUGAUUUGAUUCAGCGAACAAUACCAGAGAUCCGCAAUUACUUUGUUAAAGCUCUUACGAAGGGGAACUCCAACAUCCAGGCAUAGUAUGUGUCAUUAUAUGGUUGACAUCUAACAGAUUGCAAUGUGUACAUAAUAUGGUAGAUGUUAUUGAUUAUUAUUUCAAGUGUGAGGGAGGUCUCCUGGAUUCAGAACAGCGUGGUUUUGAAGAAAUGUCUAACACCAGGUGGUGUCUGUUCUUUUUUGAUGCUGUGUCCCUCCCUUCUGUUUGUAACACAGUUGUCGUAAAUGUAGUAGCAUACAUGACCUUCACGAACAUUGAUUUUUUUCCUCGUGCAAUAUUGUGAUGGUUAUGAAUUGAUAGUUUUCUAUCUCAA